AUGGCGAAGAACGACGCGAAGAAGAAGAAACCUAUGACGAUAAUGUCCUGCGCGGACAUCUCUUCGAACUUUUCGAAAUACGUCAAAACGAACGACUCGAAAGCGCUUUUGAAAGGUUUCCGAGGUUUGUUGUUACGCGAACGAAAAGAAGAAGAGGCGGAGAACGACGAGAACGGGAGAGGAAAAGACGCAAUAAACGACGAGGAAAAGUUCUUUUCGGACGCGAAACGCGCGAUGGGUUUAUCCGAUGCCAUAGUGAAGGCGCUGGAAGACCUCGAGGAGGAUGAAGGCAACAUCGAGAAGAACGAUAAAGAAGGUCGCCGAAAAGAAGCGGAUAACAUCACGCUUUUCAUUAAACAGGUGACCGAGGCGAUGACGGUACACGCGGAUAGCGGAUUCUUCGCGAAGAAGUAUAACGAGAACGCCGACGAGGAAGAGAAAGCGGCGUACAGAGAAGCGUUUUCGGGACUGUUGAGCAGUUUUGCUAACCGCUUUACGAGUGAGAUUGAAAGCGACGAAGCGUACGAUAACUACGUGACAGCGUUUGGGGACGUUCAAUACGUCGUCGUGGACUUGUUGGAAAAGAUGGAGGAGAAGGAGAAGGAGAAGUGGGCGCCGAUGCUCAACGUGGCGUGCGAUAUGGCGUUUGAUGAUAGAACGUGCGUGGAAAACGUGAGACAGUGUUAUCGAUUGUUGAACAAGUUGAUCGAGAAGUGUAAAUCAAACUUGAAGAAGCUCGGGGACGAGGUAUUGCUCGACCGUUCGAGUAAUUCGUCGUCGCCGGAAGGGAGUCAAUUGAACGCUUCUCGAUUGAAGAAGUUGGCGAGAGCGUUUGAGACGUGCGGUGAUUUCGAAUGCCAGAAGGAGAUCACGAUAAUUUCUAUCCAUUUGCUACACAGUAAGAAGUGCGAUAGUUUCGAUCCGACCACCGAGCACGGGAUGAAGACGAUAAAGACGCUCUUUCCGAAACGAUCGGAGGAGAUUUUACUGCUCCAGGAGACGCUCGUGAAACUCGGCGAUAGCUGCGAAAGGUUUCCUCUCGUCGUUGACUUUGUUCGACAAUCGAACGCUUUGCUUGGAUCCCGAGCUUCGGUAUUUUCGUACGAGUGCGAAAAGGCAAAAUUUGGCGAGUUCGAAGUUGCAGAUAAUCUCGUGCAUUUUAGCAAGUAUAUGGGUUUGACUUUGAACGUGCGCUUGGAGAAGGGCAAGGAUGAUGCCACCACCGUGGACGUGAUCGAACAGAACAUCCGCGUCGCGAAUUUUAACAGUUCGACGAACACGCUUACGAUUGGCAUUUUUCAGAAAUGCGAGGGGAUGUUGGAACGAGAUGUUUUUGACGCGAAAGACGACGGCUGGAUCUCAUUGACGUUUAAACCGGAAGACGUCCCUGGAGUAAAAAAUUGCGUUCGAGUGUACGCGGAAAGCGGAUCCUGCAAGGCGAUGGAAAAGUUGAGAGACACGCUCGACGCUUCGGCGCGAAAGAAGACGUCCAGAGGAGUUGAGGUGACGUAUGAUUUGCAAGAGAUACUCACGCAACCAGAGUCGACGACGGAUUUAAUGGAACCAGAACCGUUACCACGCAAUCCAACCGCGACGAAGGAUCUCGCGGCCGACGAAGAAAAAAAUAUCGCAAAGAAGGCAACUACGAAGGCAAAAGAAAGCAAAAAGAAAGCGUUGCCAACGCCAUCGUUACCAAGCCCUUCAUCGAAACCCGUGAGAGCAGCAAAAGCAAAGGCCAACGCGAAAUUAGCCGCGCAAAACGCGGCGUACCAAAGCGCGCUGAAGGAAAAAGGAAACGCGGAGAAGAUUGCAUCCCCGAUCGAGGCGAAGAAGACGCAGCAGCAAAAGAAGAAGAUUGGAAGUUUGAGAGACAUCUUCGCCAACGACAACGACCAAAAAGAAGAAGAGGAAGACGACGAAGAAGGAAACUAUGGCAAAAACAGUUUUCUUGACCAAACGGACGAAUCGUUGGACGCUGGCGACGAGGACGCAGCAAAAGUUCCCUCCUUCGAGGAGGACGAGGAGGGAGACGCUCUGUUAGAGAAGAAGAAGAAGACGAAGAAGAAGACAAAUGAGAGAACUAAAGAUCAUAACAACAACUACGACGACACUAAAACGCCAAAGGCGACUAUAAAGGUUCCGAAAACCGCGCCUCUUCGAAAGCCCGAGAAAUCGACCGUGCGCUUUGCUCCGCCGACGAAAGAAACAACUUCACGCGGUAUGAAAGCGGCGUUGGCGCCUACGACAACGAAGAAUAAGAAGGAAAGUUGGCGAGAAAAAAUGAGCAAUCUUACGAAUACUUUACACGUCGAUGACGACGAGGAAAACAACAUCGACGCACAACUUGGCAAAAGUGGCAAGUCCGAGAAAGAAACGCUGAGUUAUAAUAAAGCGAAAAUUGGACGAAGAUUGAAAUUUUCCACAGGGAAGAAGGCAGACGAAGCGUCUACGCUGAAACGUAAGAAUCGAGGCGACGACGACGACGACAACAACGACGAUUUUGCGUAUCGCGACGAUGAAGAAGACGAAGACGACGAUGGUUUGUUGUUGUUUUCUUCGCAAAACGAAUCUGACGAGCGAGUAAAGAAACGAGCUGCGACGGCAACCAAAGUUGUUGGUCUGAAAAGUAGCGACGAAGACUUUGGAAUGGAGGAGGAGGAAGACGACGAAGACGACGAUCUACCCUCUGCUGCGGCCGCAGAAAACCAAUUCGACGCGAUUAAAAACGCCAUGGAAACGCUUCGACGCACCAAGACGCGCGAAGCUGAAUCUAAAGUGCAAAAACUUUCCAAAAGUCUCGAGAUGGACUUUGAAAAAGCGUCGAGCAAACUCGCUCGAGAAGUUUCAGAAAACGUCCAAACCUCCAAGCGCUUCAUCGACGAGACCGCGCACCAACUCGAAAAAGAGGAGCAGAAAAUCCUCGCACGUCUCGAAGAUAUUACAAAAAAGUUUACCCGAGACUUUGAGCGCGAACGCGACCUCUUACUCGCAGUCAAAUCCAAAGGAAAGUCCGCGUACAAAAACGCCAACGCCGCCGUCAAAGCCGUCGUCGAAGAGGCGAACGACGAGUGGAACGCGUUACAAACGAAAAUGCGCGAAAAGUCCGCGAAAUUCAAACGAGAGUGUAAAAGGAUCCGCCGAGAGUGCGCGGAGCAAACCGAUUUGAAGAAGAUGCUCUUAAACAUGGCCGAGAUGAUUUGA